AUGCGUGAGGUAAUCCUUCUUCUCUUCCUUGCCCUUUUCACCAUAUCGUUUGCGUUGGUUUCGUUUGAUGCCACCGAGGAACCAGAGGAAAACAUUCCAAUACCAAUGGCUCGUUUGAGGAAGAAAGGAGGCAGAGGCGAUGGUUCAUGUACAGAUGAAACCCUUCGAAAGAUAAUGAAUGAGGCGAUGGGCGAUCAGAUGGCCGAGACGAAACGAGCGGUUCAUCGAGCAAUCAGUCGAGCGUUUGAUGGCAGUUUUGGUGUGAUCUGCGCUGAAUGCGGUUUUUCCUACAUUGUUCACACUCAUGAGUACUGUGUACAUACCAAAAACGACAUCACAUGUCUUGUCUACAAAGACGGUUAA